AUGCCAGACGCUGCUCACACCACAACAAACCCUCAGCCGCGACGCUCACUCAUCACCACUCUUAUUGAUUCACCUCGAGUUAGGUUAUACAGGCGUUGAGGAUCCAUGGCAAAACAUCAUCCUGAUCUCAUCUUCUGCAGGAAGCAGCCUGGAGUGGCUAUUGGGCGUCUGUGUGAGAAAUGUGACGGUAAAUGUGUGAUCUGUGACUCUUACGUGAGACCGUGCACACUGGUGAGAAUAUGUGACGAGUGCAACUAUGGCUCCUACCAGGGUCGCUGUGUCAUCUGUGGAGGACCAGGUGUGUCUGAUGCUUACUACUGUAAAGAGUGCACAGUUCUGGAGAAAGAUCGUGAUGGUUGCCCAAAGAUUGUCAACUUGGGAUCAUCGAAGACCGAUUUGUUCUAUGAAAGGAAGAAAUAUGGCUUCAAGAAGAGAUGAUUGAAAAAAAUGACACUGCUUAGAGUAACUGAUUGUGUGUAUCAUGCUUGGAGGGUAAAUGAGAUAAAUUUUAUACUGAUAGUUAAUAAAGACAAAAUAAUUGUUAUAUUCUAAUUAUUAAAAGUACUGAUCAUUCUUA